CAACCACAGAGCGAGAGGAGAGAUCAUCAUCAACCACAGAGCGAGAGGAGAGAUCAUCAUCAACCACAGAGCGAGAGGAGAGAUCAUCAUCAACCACAGAGCGAGAGAUCAUCAGUCACUCACGGAAACGACGCUGAGGACUCGUCACGGCAGAGAGGGACAGAGAGACGUCCAUUCCCCUUUCCAGUUAGCUAGCUUCUCAAACCUCCUCGCUUCCUUCCAACGUCCCCCCGGUACUACCCGAGUUGGGCAACGGUAAUCACGCGCCUCCGCCUGGACUGACAACCCCAGAGGAAGAGGGCGAGAGGCACCACGCUUCGUGGAGAGAAUCGCUGAAAUGAGAUGAGGCUCAGAAAUGGAACGGUGGCGACUGCGAUCAUUUUCUUCACGUCGUUUCUCAGCCUGUCUUGGUACACAUCCUGGCAAAAUGGCAAAGAGAAGUUGGUAGCGUACCAGAGGGAGUUCCAUGCCCUGAAAGAGCGCCUCCGUGUGGCCGAGCACCGGACCCUGCAGCGCUCCUCAGAGCUCAACAACAUCCUGGAGCAGUUCAGACGGGUCAUCGCUGAGACCAACGGCAGCAAGGACGCUCUCACCAACUUCUCAGAUGAGACCCAGAAGCUGCUGAAGGAGCUGGCCAGUAGGAAGCCUCUCCAGGUGCCAAACAUCUACCACCACCUGCCUCACCUGCUCAACAAUGAGGGCAGCCUGCACCCCGCUGUCCAUGUCGGCCUGGGCCGCACUGGAGUCUCCAUGGUGAUGGGUAUUCCUACCGUAAAGCGUAAAGUGAAGUCGUACCUGGCUGAGACGCUACACUCGCUCAUCAACAAGCUCUCACCUGAGGAGAAACAUGACUGUGUCAUCAUAGUCUUCGUAGGAGAGACGGACACAGAAUACGUCCAAAGCGUGGUGACCGGACUGGAGAAAGAGUUUUCUAUAGAGUUCAGUUCAGGUCUGUUGGAGGUGAUCUCUCCUCCAGCCAGCUACUACCCUGAUCUCAAAGACCUCAAAGAGACCUUCGGAGACUCCAGAGAGAGGGUCAGAUGGAGGACCAAGCAGAAUCUGGACUAUUCCUUCCUCAUGAUGUAUGCUGUGAGCAAAGGAGUCUACUAUGUCCAGUUGGAGGAUGACAUUGUGGCCAAACCAAACUACUUUGCCACCAUGAAGAACUUUGCCCUACAGCUCUCCUCUGAGGACUGGAUGAUCCUUGAGUUCUCCCAACUCGGCUUCAUCGGUAAGAUGUUCCAGGCUCCAGAUCUCAACCUCAUAGUAGAGUUUAUCCUCAUGUUCUAUAAGGAGAAGCCCAUUGAUUGGCUACUGGACCACAUCCUCUGGGUCAAAGUGUGUAACCCAGAGAAAGACGCGAAGCAUUGUGAGAGGCAGAAGUCGAGUCUGCGUGUGCGGUUCAGGCCCUCUCUUUUUCAACACGUGGGGCUGCACUCCUCUCUGGCCGGAAAGAUCCAGAAACUCACUGAUAAGGACUUCCUGAAGCCCCUGCUCCAUAAGAUCCAUGUGAACCCGCCUGCUGAGGUGUCCACAUCUCUCAAGGUGUACCAGGGCCACACUUUGGAGAAGACCUACCUGGGAGAAGACUUCUUCUGGGCCAUCAAUCCUACUGCUGGAGACUACGUCCUCUUCAAGUUUGACAAGCCCAUCAACAUAGAGAGGUUCCUGUUCCGCAGUGGGAACCAGGAACACCCUGGAGACAGGAUAGAGAACACCACUGUAGAGAUACUACCCUUCUCGGAAACUGGACCUAAGUCCAAAGAGAAAUACAAGCGAACUGAUGACCGCUUCUACAGAGUCGGUCAGUUUGAGAAGGGUGUGGCUGAGGGGGCUGUAGACACCUCCUUCAACCCGGUGGUGGCGCUGCGUCUCUCUGUCGUCCAAGACUCAGCUGUCUGGGCCAUCCUCAGCGAGAUUCACAUAAAGAGGAGAGCAGGCUGACAAAACGCGGGGGGCCACAUCAAUCCUGGCCCCCGGCCCCGGGGUGCUCGCAGACGCACCUAAAACUGAUUGACCAGGGGCCUUCUGCCACAUAGCAACCAGCAGUGACAUCAUCAGAGCGCACCAGAGCCGCUCCUCUCAGGGUUUCUAAGGGCGCUGUCACUCGAUUGCUUUCUCUCUAUUUCUGCCUAUCCUUUCCUCUCUCUCUCGCUCUCUUUUUGCGUGAAUGUGAAUACUACUGUACAAAAAAGAGCCAGAUGUAAAAUAUCAGAAGUCAUUUGGUGUGUCCGGAAGACAUCCGUUUCCAGCUCUGACUGUGGAGGUAACGCCGAUGGCUUGUGACUCGGAGAGACACACCUCAGCUGAUCUGAGAGGCUGAUGUCACCAGGACGCUGGUGUUGUACAUGCUGCUCUCUGCUCCAUGUGCUCUUCCUCUCAGCCUCUCUGAUCUGUUCCACUGAGGUAUUGCACUCACUGGAGCCAUAGUGGAGCCCCCUGCUGGUGACUGAAGUGACUGAAGAAUGGCUCCAUCAGCCUCAAAGACUUGUUGCUUUUUGUUCUUUUCCACAGAGUUGUGUGUUUUAGGUAAACAGCAGGUAAUAAAUAGACAAACAAGUUGUCAGUCUUUCUUAUGGUGAAGAUAACUGCCUUUAUCACUUCCUUCUUUUGAAGGGGAUUACAAUGACGAUGGCAAAGGAAGCGGAAACUAAAUGUGGUUCCCCAUUUUUAAAGUGACAGGUCUGCCAAACUAUGCCCUGGGUAGAAGUCACCCAUAGGUGCAGAUCUUAGAUCAGCUUGCCUUGCUCAAGUCUCAACCCAAACCAUUCUGGGCCAAACACCUGAAACUUACCUAAGAUCUGUGUCUGGGGCAGUUUCAUCCAGUGGAGGCUGCUGAGGGAGGACGGUUCAUAAUAACGGCUGGAAUUGAGCAAAUAUAAUGGCAUCAAGCACAUGGAAACCAUGUGUUUGAUGUAUUUGAUACCAUUCCACUGAUUCCACUCCAGCCAUUAUCAUGAGCCCGUCCUCCCCAAUUAAGGUGCCACCAACCUCCUGUGGUUUCAUUUUAUUCCAUGAGAAAUCUUUGCGACUCAAGGAAACCACAUCUAUCUUUCUACUUCCUGUUUGACAGGAAGUCAGUCUGAAAGACCUCUAGUGUCCUUUAAGUGGUAAACUAAUCAGACUUUGGCCUUGACUUUGCUCACCUGAAGGGAUGUAUUGCUAUAUUAAUUUUAUUAUUAUUAUUACGACAAUGACGACGUAUGAAGGUGAAUUAAUUUAUUUCAAAUAAAUCUUUCAUUUGUA